AUGCAGCUUCCUCUCUUCAUCAAGGUGCUUCCUCUCUUGAUCAAGAUGCUUCCUCUCUUCAUCAAGAUGCUUCCUCUCUUCAACAAAGUGCUUCCUCUCUUGAUCAAGGUGCUUCCUCUCUUGAUCAAGAUGCUUCCUCUCUUCAUCAAGAUGCUUCCUCUCUUGAUCAAGAUGCUUCCUCUCUUGAUCAAGGUGCUUCCUCUCUUCAUCAAAGUACUUCCUCUCUUCAACAAAGUGCUUCCUCUCUUCUUCAAAGUACUUCCUCUCUUGAUCAAGAUGCUUCCUCUCUUCAACAAAGUACUUCCUCUCUUGAUCAAGAUGCUUCCUCUCUUCAACAAAGUACUUCCUCUCUUGAUCAAGGUGCUUCCUCUCUUGAUCAAGAUGCUUCCUCUCUUGAUCAAGAUGCUUCCUCUCUUGAUCAAGGUGCUUCCUCUCUUCAACAAAGUGCUUCCUCUCUUGAUCAAGGUGCUUCCUCUCUUCUUCAAAGUACUUCCUCUCUUGAUCAAGGUGCUUCCUCUCUUCAACAAAGUACUUCCUCUCUUGAUCAAGGUGCUUCCUCUCUUCAACAAAGUGCUUCCUCUCUUCAUCAAGAUGCUUCCUCUCUUGAUCAAGAUGCUUCCUCUCUUGAUCAAGAUGCUUCCUCUCUUGAUCAAGUGCUUCCUCUCUUCAACAAAGUGCUUCCUCUCUUCAUCAAGAUGCUUCCUCUCUUCAACAAAGUGCUUCCUCUCUUCAUCAAGAUGCUUCCUCUCUUCAUCAAGAUGCUUCCUCUUCAUGCAUCCAUCAUGCAGCUUCCUCUCUUCAUCAAGGUGCUUCCUCUCUUGA